AUGUUUGUCAUUGUUGUUUUCUGUUUUCUCAUUAUUUCUAUACAUGGUAAUUUUACUAUUAUUCGUAAAAUUCCACAAACAUAUAUUUACUCAACUGCAAAUCAAUUUAUUAUUGAAAUUGAUCAAAAUGUCACUCGACCUACAUUCGAAGCAUUCAUUCAUUUUUACGAUGCAAGAUCAAAUACGUCAAUUGAUCAAAUUGAUGUGCAUUUAAAUACAACUAAUGUAACAUAUUCUGAUAAAACCUUUACAUUUUAUUUGCCUGAUUCUAUUAAACUUAAUACCAGUGUUAAAUUUUAUAUAACAUUCGAUCAAGGUGUCUUAUUUUUUAACUCUACAUUGAAUUCAACUGCUCGAAAUGAUUCAGAUUUUUGGUAUUUACAAGUUAUCGAUUCUGAAACAAGUACUACUUUAUUAGAAUAUACAUCAAUGGAAACUGCUUCUUCAAUGCAUUAUAGUGAUACUAGUACAGUUAUUAUGACAACAAUAAUAACUACAAAUAAUUCAAUAAAUCCAACAACAACAACAACAACAACAACAACUAUUAGUUCGAGAGGAAUAAUCAAAGGUGAAUCACCACCAACUCGUUCAGCACAAUUGGGUAUGGGUUUAGGUAUAACAUUUAUUACAGUAAUAAUCGUUGGUGAAAUAAUAUUUUUUAAAUAUUGUUAUAAUGGUAGUGGACGAAGUGGUAAUUAUUUUAUAUAA